AUGCUGCGGCGUGAGAAGAAACAGUCACAGAAAGAAACUGAAACCACUGGCAAGAAGCAGCAAACUUUGUUGGCUAAUAAAGUUGGGGAUGGUGACCCUCCCCCUUGUACAAAUGCAGAAAUUCACAGCCCAAAGCCAAAAAAGGUUGCCACCAAGGGUUCAGAUGAAGAUCCUAACAGAGUAAAAUCUUCAACUUCACCUUUUAAAGUCCAAAUUGACUUGAAUAUCCAACCUGAGCGAGAAGAAGAGCUUUCACCUGGUUCUCAUUCCGGCAGCAUGAUGAGAUUACUUCAAGAUGCCACCGACAUAUACCUUAGAAAGCAAAGCAUGUUGACCUCCGGUGGUAAUAGUAAUUUAGAAGUUACUCAGACACAACCUGGUGGAGGCCUAGGAAAAGAAAAAAAUUAGCAGUAGUCUCAAUCUUGGAACUAAUCAUCAAGAUGUUGACAGGGAGCCUCCAGCAGUUUUCUGUACUAAAGUAUCUGCACCCACAUCAACCACUGGUUAGAUCAGUGCAUUAUGUUAUAUUGACCAUUAGCAAGGAAUGAAAUCAUUUUGUCAAUGGCGAUACAGUUUUUGUUUUACUUGUCCGCAUCGGCAUUAUUCAUUACAGGCUGUACAUAAAAGGAGAGGGGAUAAGAAACUAUAUCCUCUCUU